AUGGUGUCAUUAUCCGAGGAAUCUAUUCCUACCAAAGCACUUGUCAUCAACAAGCCCGGAGCACCAUUCGUCCUCGAGGAUGUUGUCUUGGAUGGAGUAAGAGAACAGGAGCUCCUGGUAGAGAUAAAGUAUUCUGGAGUAUGCCACACGGAUCUUGUCAUACAGCAUGGGAAAAUGCCCAUCGGUGGAUUCCCGGUGGUAGCUGGCCACGAAGGGGCAGGAGUCGUCGUCAAGUUGGGCAAUGGUCUCAGGAACUCGGGGCUGGAAGUCGGUGACCGAGUAAUUUUGGGUUUCGCUUCUUGCAUGAAUUGCACAGGAUGCAAUGAGGGAAAAAAGGGCGCCUGUUCCAGUAUUGCCCUGACAAACUUCGGAGGCACAAGAGGUCUCGAGGAUACCACUAUUCGUCGUCCAAACGGCGAUUUCAUCAGGAGUCCCCUCUUUGGUCAAUCAUCGUUCUCCAAAUUUGCGGUCUGCGACUCUAGAGUCGUGGUCAAAUAUCCUGGCCCAGUUGAAGAUUUAGCCUUUUUGGCACCUCUAGGCUGUGGUUUUAUGACCGGCGCUGGAACUGUUCUGGAUGUAUUGAAACCAACUUCAAAAAGCAGCAUUGCUGUACUGGGUAUGGGCAGCGUAGGACUUUGUGCGCUCAUGGCCGCUAAAUGCCUAGAUGUGGCUCGAAUAGUCGCCAUUGACAUUGUUGAAUCAAGGCUAGAGCUAGCAAAGUCUCUAGGAGCAACGCAUGUCAUAGACGGGACGAAGAAUCAAGACAUUGAAGCUGCCAUUCGCGAUACAUGCCCCGGUGGCGUCGACUUUGUCAUCGAUGCGACAGGCUCGACCAAGUUGAUCAACAGCGGCAUCAAAUCGCUUGCCCAGCAGGGAACACUUGCGAUUGUGGGAACACCGCUCCCUGGGGAAAACCUGAGCGUCGAGGCGAUGGAUAUGCUUAUCCGUUGUAAAAAGAUUGUAGGAGUCACCGGCGCUUACGCUAAUCCUCAGGAGGUGAGCUUUUGGACUUCCCAACUGUUUAAAUGGUAUUGA